AAAAGCUCUUUCACUAGGGGAAUAUUGAAUAUCCACGCCGAUGCUUUUUUGACAACUUGCAAUUGUAGAAAUCCUUCAAAAAAAAAAGCACCGCUCAUUAUCAUAUGAUAAUUAUUUACACAAAAACACUUGUUUCAGAUCAAAUAUAAUUGAGGAAAGUUGGUACAAAGGUCAAAACAAUUAAGAAAAUGUCGAAAAAUAAAUUAAAUUUGACAUUGCCAUCUGGCUCAAUAGAGCCUGUGCCAACAGUAUCACCUUCACCUCCAGUUCCACCAAUUCCAACUUAUACAGAACCACCUGUAAUACCAGAUGGUGUUAUGGGUAAAGAGACUAUUGAUGCAAUUCAAGAAAGACUAGAAGAACUUGAAAUGGAUGAAGAACAAAGAAAAAGAUUAGAAAGUUUUUUAGGACAAAAAGAAAAAGUUGGUGAAUUGUGUGAUGAAGAUUUUGAAAAAUUAGGUGAAUUAGGUGCUGGUAAUGGUGGUGUUGUCAUGAAAGUUAGACACAAAAAGUAUGGACUUAUAAUGGCAAGAAAGUUGAUACAUUUAGAAGUCAAACCAGCAAUUAAAAAACAAAUAAUACGUGAACUUAAAGUACUUCAUGAGUGUAAUUUUGCUCAUAUUGUUGGUUUUUAUGGUGCAUUUUAUAGUGAUGGUGAAAUAAGCAUAUGCAUGGAGUACAUGGAUGGUGGUUCACUUGAUUUAAUACUGAAAAAUGCUGGUCGAAUACCAGAACCAAUUUUAGGAGCAAUAACAUUUGCGGUACUUAAAGGAUUAAGUUAUUUACGUGAUAAACAUGCAAUUAUGCAUAGAGAUGUUAAACCAAGUAAUAUACUUGUUAAUAGUGCUGGUGAAAUAAAAAUAUGUGAUUUUGGUGUAUCAGGACAACUUAUUGAUUCAAUGGCAAAUUCAUUUGUUGGAACAAGAAGUUAUAUGUCACCAGAAAGAUUACAAGGUACUCAUUAUUCUGUUCAAAGUGAUAUAUGGUCAUUGGGUUUAUCACUUGUUGAAAUGGCUAUUGGUAUGUAUCCAAUACCACCACCAAAUUUAAGAAAACUUAUAUCAAUAUUUGGACAACAAGCUGCACAAGCAUCAGCAGCAAAUUCAAAUAAUUUACCAACACCAACACAAUCACCAGCUCACAAUAUUGGUAGUCCAAGACCAAUGGCAAUAUUUGAACUUCUUGAUUAUAUUGUUAAUGAACCACCACCAAAAUUACCACCAGGUUUAUUUACUGAUGCUUUUACUGAUUUUGUUGAUCGAUGCUUGAAAAAAAAUCCAGCUGAAAGAGCUGAUUUAAAAACACUAAUGAAUCAUGAAUGGAUUAAAAAAGCUGAAGCUGAAAAUGUUGAUAUUGCCGGAUGGGUAUGUAGAACAAUGGAUCUUCAACCAACAACUCCGACGCGUUUAGCCAAUGUGCAAUCCUGAAUAAAUGUUACUCUUACAUACUUGACCACUUACAUACGCGUUCAGUACUCUUAAGUCAUAAUUUUCUUUUUAUUUUAUUUUUUCCCAGUUUAAAUAUGUAUUUUUUUUUUCUACAGUGGCAUUUAUUUAAAAAGAAAAAAUACUCAUUUGCUCUUUUUUUGUUUUUUUUUUUUUUAUUGAAAAUAAAGCAAACAUUUGAUUAUUAAUUAUUUUUAUGAUGAAGAAAAAAAACAGACAAGAUAACUUGAUUAUUUUCACAAUUUUAUUAUUAUUAAAUAAUCAAUUUUGAUGUUUAUUAUUUUGGUAAAUUUUUAGAUUGUUUAAUAGUCACUUAUUAUUGAAUGAAUUUUGUUAUUUUGUCUGUUGUCACAGUUAUAUUAAAUUUAUUAUUUAAUUUGAUAGUUAUUUGUAAUUUUGGUAAAAGAUAAGAUUGUAAUUGCCACUGUUUAUAAUAUAUAAUUUAGUUAUUAAUAUUUAAUUUAAAGUAUGUAAGAAUAAAUUCAAAAUAUUUUAGGAUUAGUGUAUUGUUCAAGUUUAAUGAACAAUUUGAUGUAUAAUUACUGUGAUAAGAUUAGGAGACAUUUAUUGGAGAUGAAGAUCUUUCAUUAAAAAAAAAUAAAAAUAAAACAAGAUUUAUAGAAAUAUUAUUUUAUCAAUUCAAUGACUAUUUCAGAUUAACACACGUACCUGAAAGCUGUAGUAAUUUUUUCUUAAUUUUUUUCACAUCUGUUUCUUUCGAAACAUAAUUAUUCGAAAUUAUUAUUUUCAUCAAGUAAAUCAAUCGUAAUAAAAAUAGUUAAAAAAUUUCAAGCUGUAAAAUAAUAUUCUUUUUUUAUUUAUCUGUUUUAAAAUUAAAAAAAAAUAUUAAGAAAAUUAGAAUGAAAUAAAAUAUAAAGCUAUGGCUCUCAAGUACAUAAUAAAUGAAUAAAAAAAUUAAUAAAAUAGACCAGUGUUUAGAUCAGCAUUAAUAUUACAAACGCAAAUUUAUUAUAAAAAACUAUUUACCUCAUUUAUUAUUUUUAAUUUGAUCAGAUAAUAGCAUAAAAUAUUAAUAAAAAAUAAAAAUAAAAUAACGUAUUCUUAUCAGAAUUCGUGUGUGUCAUUUUAUUAUUAUAAAAUAAUAUAUAUAUAACAAUUAACGACCAUAAUAAUAGUCGUUAAUGAUAGUAAAAUGUUAAUUAGCUAAAAAAAAAAAAUUAUCGGAACAUAAAAACAAUUGAAUUAUUAAAUAAUACGAAUAUAAAAUUAAAUGUGUUUCCAAUAUAUAUAAUAAUAUAGAAAUAUUUUUCUUUUGUUCAAGUAAUAAAGUUUAUAAAACGAAAUAAAACUUGAAGAAAAAUUAGUUUAAAAUAAAAUAACAAAGUGAAUGUGAAAAAAAAAAAGGAAAAAGAAAAUGAAAUUUAUACUUGUUGUUUGAAGUUCAAUGAUUUUUAGUAAGUGUUAGAUAAUUAAUAAAAAUUCUUACAAUAUUUAUAAUAAUAUAAGAAAAUACAAGCCUUAUCCGACUUGGCUUUAAAAUAAAUAUCGGUAAUUAAAUAAAUGGCACAGUUAGGUAAAUAAAAAUUUUUCAAAAUAGCGUUUAACGCUGAAGAACUGAAUUAAUUAAAUUUUAUCAGUUUUCAUUUCCAAUAUAAUAAUUCAAUGAUGAAAAAUAGUCAUGUUAUAAAA